AUGCGUCUCUGCCGGCCGUGGGGCCGACAAGGACCCUGGCAGCAUAUCUGGCUAUCCAGCCGGCGCAGUUUCUGUUCAGGCAACGUGACUCCGGACGUUGAUGUCGAUGUCAUCCAACAUCAUCCCGAGGGCUUGUUGGUGUCCAGAGGCACCUCUGGAUCGUCGAAGGCUGGACCAAGUCGUGGUGCCGUAUUUGAGCAUGGCGGCCGGCACUGGGUCUCCAUCUUUGAAGUCGACAGGUACUGGUUUGCAUCUCCUCUGUCCGUGCGCUCUACCAGCGAGGAGGUGAGGUGGAUCUCAACCGAGCCUACGCCUGGAAGCUGCUUGGCACCGGCGUGCCUGCGCCGGCCAACGCCAGCGCAGGCAGAUCGUGCUCAACUAUCUAAGAGCCUUUCUACCGGUGUCCUAGCAGUUGAUGUGCUGGCCCCCCUCGGUGUUGGCCAGUCCAUGCUCAUCUGCGGACCCAAGGACACUGGAAAAAGCACCUUGGCCAAUGAGGUUGUGGAAUAUGCCCUUGCCGCCCGCCAAGUGGACAAGGUGGUGCAUUUCCAGUCCUCUUCGGCACCACCAGCAGAUCCAACCCUACAGCGCGUGGGGACUCUGAUGCAGCUGGCGGUGCCAGCAGCUUCUUCUCAGUCUGCUGCCUACCUCCCCGCUCUCUUCGAAGCCGUUGCUGUGGCCGAGGAAGUCCGGGACGGAGGCAAAGACGCACUCUUGAUUCUCGACACUGUCGCUCCCCUCUUGGAUGCUUGGGAAUUGGCUCUGCAGCUCGCUGAGGCGGCCGGCGACCUCGGUGACGCAGAGGCGCUGGCGGCACAGAGGCGUGCUGCUCUUGCCGCCUUGCUGGAACGGGCGGCCAGCCUCCAAAGUGGAGGAUCUCUGACAAUGUUGGCUCUCUUAGAAACUGAGGCCAUGGCGGCUCUUGGCAUUCCAGGGCAGCGCCAGGCUCCCAGUGCGGAAACGGCCAACGAGCCGACCUUCAGCCUCGCCGACUUCCGAGGUCGGAGGCAGAGUGAAGUGGAGCGUCUACAGCGCUUGCAGGACCGCGGUGUGGCGCUGACUGAGAGCUCCUUGUCUGCGCUGGGCAUCGCGCUCCCUGGUGAUGUGGCAGAGGGGGUGAAGUCAGCACGCGAGAUGCAGAGUCUCUCUGAUGGUCAGGCCGUGCUCGACAAGUCCAUGGCUGCUGCCGGAUUGUUCCCGGCAAUGGUGCCAGGUGCCAGCUUCUCCCGCUUUGGCCUGGGCUCCGACGGCGCCUCGAAGGGCGCCGAGGCCAAGGCUCGCGAUGUGCGGCCGCCGGCGCUCCAAGCGGUCGCCGCACACCUUCGCACGUUGUUGGCUUUGGAGCAAGAGGCACACUUUCGACCCACCACUGCGGAAGUGGACAGCCACCAGUCCAGGCAGUUGCAGUCUGUGGCUUCUGCGCUGCAGCAGCCGCCUGGUGCACCCUUGCUGCCUGAGGAAAUGACGGCUUUGCUGCUGGCGGCCUGCAGUGGGGCUCUAGAUGCACUCUCGCCUUCGGAGGCAUCCCAGGCCCUCCAAGGCGGCGCGCAGUCUCCGCUGCUGCUGCAUCUGAAGGAAGCAGCACCUGGCAUGCUGACCAAAAUUGGCCAGGAGUCGAAGCUUUCGCAAGCCACCUUGCGCGAGCUGGAAGUGGUGGUGCGGCUCUUUGUGAAGCUUAAGCAGGCUCAAGUUUGA